CAAUCGGCAAGCAAGCAUGGACGGGCAGCCGAGCGUGAACAACCUCGUCUUCGUCGGCGCGUCUCUCGCGCUGCUCUUCUGUCUCUGGUAUGCGUCCGGCUACUGCUUCAAGGCGGAUGCUGCUGGCCGCGCGACGCACGAUGGCUACGUCGACCAAGGGGUGCUCGAGUUCAUGCCGACGCUCAAGCGCGGCGACAUUGAAGAGAUGCUGCACGAGACAGAGCGCUGGGAGUGCUCAGUCUGCGCCUUCCACAACGUCGUCGUCCGUACCACGUGCAGCCUCUGUGGCACCAAGAAAGACUGCAAGUUUGUCGAGGAAAGCCAAGAGAUCGAGUACGCCAACGCGACGACCGUGUACAUGGACGGCGAGGUCAACACGCUCUCGACGGAGCGCCAGCGCCGCAUCAACCACAGCAUGUUGAGCGCGCAGAGCACGCUUCUCGGCCGGCAAAACAGUAUGAGCAAGCUCACGUCGUCCUACUACGUCAAGCAAAUGUCGUCCUACUUUUUCAAUAUCGUGCUGCCCGAAGAUCUCAACGCGCGCCAGCGCAGUGCGCGGAUGCGCAAGGAGUGGUCGCGCGGCCUCGACGCCCACGGGCUGCCGUAUUGGAAGCGCCACUGCCUCGACGCCCGCUGCGUGCCCACCGCCUUCCUCAUCCAGCUUGGUGGCACCAUGAAGCACCAGGACAAGGUCCCGCUCAAGUCGCUGCCGACGCUGCAGGAAGACAUUGACAUCCUCGAAGACGCAGCGACGCAAGAAUUGCACCGUGUGUCGAUCCUCGACAACCUCGAACGCGGCAACGUUGUGCGCGAGAUUGCUCUCCUGCCGCUGGAGCUCGUUGACGCCACGCAGACCGUGAUGGGGUCGAGCCUCUCGCCAAGCACGUGGGGCACGCUCACGUACCUCGCCAAGCGGUCGUUCAGCGUCAAGUACGCGUGGUUUCUGCACCAAGUCGCCGACCUCCUCAUUCCGUACACGACCGGGUACCUCAAAAUGCGCACGAAGCGCGAGCAAGUGUUCACCGAGGCAAUGGAGAACCUCUUGAGUCUCCAGGACCAAGCGCUCUGCUCCAUCAUCCGCGUUGACUUUGACAACGAUGUGGGCAUCGACGCGGGCGCGGUCUUGCGUGAGUGGUAUGUGCUCGUCUCGGAGGCGCUGCUGGCACCGAAUUCCGGGCUCUUUGUGCUCUCGAACCGCGAGGACAACUCGUACAUCCUCAACCCGAAUUCCGAGUUUGCCGUCGGGCAAUACAACAUGGACCACUUGGCAGCGUUCGAAGCGGUCGGACGGUUCCUUGGCCGUGCGAUUCUCGACGGCCAAAUGCUCAAGCUGCCCUUUUGCCCCGUCUUGUUUAAAGCGAUGCUUGGCGUACCCGUCUCGAUGGACGACGUCGAGAGCCUCGACCGUACACUCUACAAGAGUUUGCGCUACCUCCUCGAGAACGACAACGCCGACGACCUUGCGCUCACUUUUCCGUACAUUGCUGUCACGGACGCCAACAAGCACGACUAUGUCGACACUCUGGUGCGCUACCUGCUCUUUGAACGCAUUGCGCCGCAGCUGCACGCGCUGCUGCGCGGCCUCUACGCCAUCGUGCCACCGGAACUCUUGAUUCCGUUCGACCACAAGGAGUUGGAGCUACUCAUGACGGGGCUGGCCGAAAUUGACGUUGUUGACUGGGAAGCCAACACGCAAACGUCGUCCAACCUCGAAGGCUCCCGCGUUCUCGUGUGGUUCUGGGAGGUCGUGAAAGACAUGUCGGACGACGACCAAGCCAAGCUGCUCCAGUUUUGCACCGGCUCGUCGCGCGUUCCCGUCCAAGGCUUCAAAGGCAUGACAAGCUACGAUGGACGCAUUUGUAACUUUACACUCAAAGGCGUGGCGUACCAAUCGGGCAUGUACCCGGUCGCGCACGCCUGCUUUAACCGCCUCGACCUGCCGCUGUACCCAAGGAAGGAGCUCCUUCAAGAGGCCAUCAAGAUGCUGCUGCUCUCGGACCCCACGGGCUUUAAUAUUCAAUAA